AUGAGUAUUAAGUAGCAGUCCUUGAGAAAGGGGUGGGGGGAAUCAGCUGCUAAUCCAGAAGAGACAGGAAGAGAACAACUGGUCUUUCCUAAUCCCCUCUCCACCAAGAGCCUCUUCCUUUUGGCAGAUUAUAUGAUGCUUCAGCAAGUCACAGGCAUGGAUCAUCAAGAAAGACUCCAAGACCAACAACUGGGUUCUGGGGCACAUGACAGAGCCCAAGCAGAACAACGAAAUAGAUGAAUUGAGGAUUCUUCUCGUGGGGAAACAUGGUUCAGGGAAAAGUGCUGCAGGAAACAGCAUCCUGGGCAGGGUGUGUUUUGAGUCCAGACUCAGUGAGCAGCCAGUGACCCAAGUGGCAGGGACAGAGCAGGCGAUCUGGGGACAAAGAAAAAUUGUGCUCAUUGACACUCCAGAUAUUUUUUCCCAAAAGGAUUCCCAGCAAGAGCUCUGCCAUCUCUCCUCUCUAUGCUCUCCAGGCCUACAUGCCCUCCUUCUAGUGACCCCACUGGGCUUCUACACAGAGGAAGAUGAGACAGUGGUGAGGAACAUCAAGAAGGUUUUUGGAGAAGAAGCUCUGAGGAAACAUGUGAUCAUUCUGUUCACCAGGAAAGAAGACUUGGCAGGGAUGGACCUGAUGGAGUUCAUAAAGACACAGAUAAACCCUCUUCAGAAACUCAUUUGGGACUGUGGAUUUAAUUACUAUGCUUUCAAUUACAGAGUCACAAGAGAAGAGGAACAACUCCAGGUGAAUGGGCUUCUGGAGUCAAUCAGCAAAAUGGUGGACAGGAAUGGAGGCUCUGGGCACAUGAUAGAGCCCAAGAAGAACAACGAAAUAGAUGAAUUGAGGAUUCUUCUCGUGGGGAAACAUGGUUCAGGGAAAAGUGCUGCAGGAAACAGCAUCCUGGGCAGGUGUGUGUUUGAAUCCAGGCUCAGUGAGCAGCCAGUGACCCAAGUGUGCAGGACAGAGCAGCAGAUCUGGGGACAAAGAAAAAUUGUGCUCAUUGACACUCCAGAUAUUUUUUCCCAAAAGGAUUCCCAGCAAGAGCUCUGCCAUCUCUCCUCUCUAUGCUCUCCAGGCCCACAUGCCCUCCUCCUAGUGACUCCACUGGGCUUCUACACAGAGGAAGAUGAGACAGUGGUGAGGAACAUCAAGAAGGUUUUUGGAGAAGAAGCUUUGAGGAAACAUGUGAUCAUUCUGUUCACCAGGAAAGAAGACUUGGCAGGGAUGGACCUGAUGGAGUUCAUAAAGAAGACAGAUAAAUCUCUUCAGAGUCUUAUUUGGGACUAUGGAUUUCAGUACUAUGCUUUCAAUUACCGAGUCACAGGAGAGGAGGAACAACUCCAAGUGAAUGGGCUUCUGGAGAAGAUCGACAAAAUGGUGUAUGACAAUGGCGGCCAGCAUUGUAUCCUUAGGAAGUCUACUAUUAGACCUGAUAUACUAAGCCUCAUCAUAGUAGGAAAGUGUGGGGCUGGAAAGAGCUCAACAGGUAACACUAUUCUUGGAAGGAAGGAAUUUCUAACCAAAAUUGGAGGAGAACGAGUCACCAAAACCUGUGAAAAACAUGUAAGGACCUGGAAAGGGAGUACUGUUGUAGUUGUUGAUACCCCAUCAUUUUGCCUUCCAUCAGAGAGUGAAGAAGAUCUCUACAAACAAGGAGAAGAGAUCCUUCGCAUCCUUACCUUGUCUCAAGGACUCAGAGUUUUUAUUCUGGUGCUUCGGCUGGGCCGGUUCACUCAAGAAGAUGAGAAAACCAUUGAAGAAUUAGAAGCCGUAUUUGGAACAGAGAUCACCAAGUACAUGAUUGUGCUCUUCACUAGGAAGGAUGAUCUAGAGCCUUAUACAAUAGAAGAUUUCAUCAAGGAUUUUGCUAGUACACCUCUUCAAAAGCUGAUUAAACAGUGUGGAUCCAGAUUUUGUGCUUUUAACAAUAAGGAAAGUGGCCCAGCCCAAGAAAAACAGGCAAAUGAGCUUUUGGAAAUGGUUAAUGAAUUGGUCUUCUGUCAUGGAGGCCACGGAUUUACCUUCAAUACUGUUAACCUUGAGGCUUACGCCAAAAAAAUUAAAAAUCACCAAAAGAAGCCAAGGAAUAUACUGCCAUGGAAGUAAAAUUUAUAAUAAUUUCAUUUAUUUUUCAACUCCUGGAGUACCUGAGAAUCCAGUUAAAAAUAAUACUGAUCUUUACAUAGGACCUUAAAGUUUUCAAAACUAUUUACAUAUGUUAACGCAUAUGAUCCUCACAACAACUCUGUGAGGUAGGUGCUAUCAUUAUCACUCUCAUUUUACUGAGGAGGAACCUGAGGCAUAGAUAGGUGCCUCACCUAGCUUUACUUUACUUUAAGGUAAGGUAGACUAACCCUAAAUGACUUUCCCAAGAUCAUGCAGCUAGUAAGUGUCUGAAGGAGGAUUGUACACAGGUCUUCCUGAUUCCUAUGCUCUAUCUGCUAUGCCACCAUUCCCUAUAUACAGUGAAGAUCUUCCUCGGGCCAGGCAGAUAGAAAGCUGUUUGUCUGGAGGGUCUGGCAUUUAAACUUAUACUGCAUUUUUGAUGCUUCAACUAAUAAGUAAACAUGAUGAGUGAGUAAGUAAUCACUACUGGAUGUGAUCUCCAGUCAGUUGUAAAAGUAGAAUGAGUUUCUGAGGCUAGAGUACUUCCUUUCUGCUUAUCAGCAUUUCUGACAUCCUUCAAGACUCAGCUCUGUCAUUACCUCCUCUGUAAACUUUUUCUGGACCCCCCUUGGAUUUAGCAGUUCUUUUCUCCUCCAAUUGUCUAGGAUUUUACUUAUUUGUCUGUAUAUUUCCUUGAGUAAAAUAUAAACUGCCUUAGGGUAAAGUCUAGUUUAUAUUUGCUUUAAGGACUGAGACCUCAUUAGUCAGUCCCUACAUUCUUCCCAUAUUAUUUUAUUUAUCCCUUUUCUAAUAGUGAUCACCCUGGCCCCCCACUGACUGAAAGACGAGUAUAUUAUAUUUUAUUCCUCUCACAGGGGACUUUUAAGGCAACUUCCCUUUAAUACAAUUAAGGGGGAUUAGGAGGAUCUAGAUUCUCCACCAUGAAUUUCAGCUCCUCCUGAAUGUAUUCCCUCAACUUAGGGGUCCCCUGAACCCCUGUUACAUUUAACCCCACAAUAAUCUUAUUAGCUUUACAAAGGGAAUAUUUAUCUGUUUUUUUCUUCUUGUUUGAGGUUUUUCCUUUGUGCUCUGAUUCUUCUUUCACAAGAUGACUAAUGUAGAACUAUGUUUAAUGUGAUUGUGCAUAUACAACCU